CAACAUUGUGGAGAAGUUUCUCGAAUAUGGUAGAGCUACAAAUAUUUCAGGAAUCAAAAGCCAUCGUUUUUCUUCACCGUCACUUUUCUGCUAUCUAACAAAAGAAGAGCGCCCGAAUCUCAUCGUGAAUAAGGUGUGAAAUUCCAGCAUGAGAGGAAGAAGCUACAGCUACAGUCCAUCGCCUCCAAGACGUUACAGCCAUAGAAGGCGCAGUCCUAGCCCUAGGGGUCACUAUAGAGGCCGUGGUAGGGAUUUGCCAACAAGCCUUCUCGUUCGGAACCUUCACAAAGAUUGCAGGCCAGAAGAUUUACGUGGCCCAUUUGGCCAAUUUGGUCCACUGAAGGACGUUUAUCUGCCUCGAGAUUAUUAUACUGGGGAGCCGCGUGGAUUUGGGUUUGUUCAGUAUGUAGAUCCAGCUGAUGCUGCUGAUGCAAAGUAUCACAUGGAUGGUCAAAUUCUACUUGGUCGGGAACUAACUGUGGUAUUUGCGGAGGAAAACAGAAAGAAACCCCAGGAAAUGAGAGCCAGAGAACGUCGGAGGUCAUAUGAUUACAGAUCUCCACGUCGAUAUUCUCGCUCUCCACGCUAUGCUCGUACCUAUUCUCGUAGUCCUGGUUAUUCACCCUCUCCAGUUCGAAGGCGAAAUUCCAGGUCUAUCUCACCGAGAUACAAAAGGUAUAGGGACCGAUCUUACUCCAGGUCACCUUAUGGAUCGAGAAGCCGCAGUCGAAGCAGGAGCUACAGUAGGAGUUACAGCAGGAGCUACAGUCGAAGCCCUAGCUACUCCAGGUGAAGUAAAGUAUGCAAGCUCGAUGAACACGACGGAAGAUGUUGUAGUUUUUUAAGUUGCUGAAUGAACGGGCUUUAGGGCGGGUGUUGUUGAUAUAUUGUUAAUGUUAGGAUACGGAUCCGUUUAGUUUAAUCUCAGCUUUCUGGCUUAGGACUUAUUGGUACUCUAUCCUACUUUAUUUAACUGGUCGUUAGAACAGAAGCUUUGUUUUGCUUGUGUCAUUUUAGCUUGAAUAUGGAUUCUGAAUAUCGCCCCCGUUGUAAUUUCUUCUCCUUUGUUUCUUCUGCAAUGCGAUCUGCUUGUGCCAUCACGAA